AUGGGCCUCCCUCCAAAGAAAAGAUCGAAGUUGGAGACAAUGGUGUUAGAACUGAUGGAACAACCAUCACCAACAACCAAACCAGUUCGAAUGAAGGCAAUAAUUUGGAAUGUUAUGGGAGCAAAUAGUAAGGCUUUUCUUUGGCACGCUUUAGACCUAGUGAAGAUGCAUCAUCCAGACAUACUGAUCAUUUUGGAGACGAAGUGUUAUAGUUUACGUGCGGAUCAAGCUACCAAGAGGCUGGGGUAUAGUAAUUUCAGAAUUAUUCCCUCGUUUGGGAAGAGAGGUGGUAUUUGGCUGAUGUGGAAAGCUGAUAUAACACUGAUGAAUUACGCUGACUCUAAGCCGAACCAUUUUCAUGCUCUCUUCAAAAUGAGGGCUAACUUGCCGGAGGUGUUACUAACGGGAAUGCAUGCUCCUAGUGUGGCGGCGGAUCGCAAUCAGUACUGGAUUGACCUCACCGAGGACUCUCCCCUGAAAGGUACUCCUUGGCUAGUUGCUGGGGACCUGAACGAAGUUCUUAGUAGUGCCGAGAAAAUGGGAGGGAGACAGGUGGGGAUAGAGAAAGGAAAAAGGUGUAAGGACUGGAUGACGGCUAAUGCGCUUCUUGAUCUGGGCUUUCAAGGGCCUCAGUUCACUUGGACUAAUGGUAGAGAUGGGAGUGCGCUUAUCAAGGGGAGGCUUGACCGUGCCCUCGCUAAUGCUGAAUGGUUGGAUGUUUUUCCAGACUCUAAGGUAAUUCACCUUCCCAGAACUUACUCAGAUCACUGUCCCCUUCUCAUUCUUUUUGAUGAUAAGCCGAGAUCCAAUUCCUUUCCUUUUCGAUGUAAGGAGGCUUGGAUUUAUCAUGAUGAUUUUGUUAAUGUGGUUAAUAAUUCCUGGGGUAGAUAUUCUGGGGAUUUUGACAUAGCUAGGGCAGACUUCUUACAGAAAGCUAAAAUUUGGAAUAGGCAUGUUUUUGGGAGUCUGGAGUCUAGGAAGAAAAGAAUUUUGGCUCGUCUUAGCGGCAUUCAAAAGUCUCUCUCUUUGCGUCAUUCCACUUUUCUGGCCACUCUGGAGGUGGAUCUUUUACGGGAGUUGAAUAAUAUCAUGAAACAGGAACGGUGUUUUUGGGCUCAGAAAGCAGGAAUUAAUAGAGCGAAGCUAGGUGACAUGAACACUAAGUACUUUCAUACUUUAGCUAAAAUUAAAAACUGCAGGAAAAAGAUUGUGUGUCUUAGAAACUCUAACAAUGAGUGGGUGUCAGAUGAUGAGACCUUGAAAAAAAUGAUGACAAAACAUUUCCAAUUCAUUUUUUCCUCUUCACAUACCUCCCACAAAAGGAAAAAUUCCUUCUCGGGCGUAUCAGCUGUUUCGGAUGAAUGGCGAGUCAAGUUGGAAGUUUCAGUUAGUGAGGUGGAGGUUAGGGAGGCUUUGGCUCAAAUGGCUUCCAUGAAAUGCCCUGGCCCAGAUGGGAUCCAGGCGGUAUUUUAG